CCAAACAUCAGAGACCUGCCCAAUGAGCUUUUGCUGUGGAUUUUGUCGCAUUUGGACGGCAGUGCGAUAUCUGCUCUCGCAAAGUCAUGCAAAGGCCUUGAUUUGAGACUGCAGUCCAGCAUCCGGAAAUACAACAGCAAAUUUCAGAACAGCAAUCUGUUGCACCUAGCCGUGAAAUACGACAACGUUAGUCUCGCGGAGGCUUUGCUCCAGCACAACGCCAACAUCAAUGCAUUUUACCGAGGCAAAUAUCCUUUAUUGAGGGCGCUAAAAUACUCUUCCGCUGCUGUGCGUGACCUCUUGCUUAAUCGUCGAGACCUAGACAUCAACCUUCAAAAUCAAGCGCGGCGGAGCGCCCUGUCAGUAGAUGUCAAGCGCAAACAUGGCCGAACGGCGCUCCACCUAGCAGUCUUCGCAGGUAGAAUAGGGUGCGUGCAUCUGCUACUUUCUAGUGGCAGCGACCCUGAUCUACAGGAUGAUUCAUGCCACUCGCCAUGGGCCUCUGCAUUUCGCUUCAAUAGGCCCGUGAUAGAAAUGAUUAAACGAUCCGAAGUCCGAGGUACUUCGAGUGCUCAAUCAUCACAGGAUGCUGAGCUACCUCUUCGCCAAGUAGUAUCCUAUGGGUCAGUAGAUGCUGUCAAACGGCUUCUCGGACAAAAAGGUCUAAACUUGGACACCCAGAACCGGAAAUGCUAUACGCCGCUCCAUCUCGCCAUUCAAAGCAAACCCCUAGAAAUGGUCAAUCUGAUCCUAAGUCAUCCCCGAGCCAACGUGAACUGCAAAGACAAAGAUGAUAAUACGCCACUCUAG